GCGCAGGGGUAUAAAUGACAGGGGAGGGAGCGUGAGUGUUUCGAACUGAUCACUUCCAGGCUCUACCCAGGACACCGGAGUCGUCUCCCUCUUUUCUCACAAUGAAAUUCUCACACGUUCUCACACAUACACUGAGCCUUGUCGCACUGGGGGCUACAGUGGAAGGCUUUUCUCGGUCCAGAAACGCGGCCUGCAGUCCACACAAGCCAUUCCGGUCUCUACCUACAAGCUCGAGUAGAGACAGAACCUGCCACGUUCGCAGCCAUGGUAACGGCACUGACGACUCCGAUUAUAUUCUCUCCGCGCUGCACCAAUGCAAUCAUGGUGGAAAAGUCGUUUUCGACGCAGAUAAGGAAUACAUCAUCGGAACGGCGCUGAAUAUGACCUUCUUGAAGAACAUUGACCUAGAGGUCCUCGGAAAGAUCCUAUUCACCAAUGAUACAGACUACUGGCAAGCGAACGCAUUCCCGCAGGGUUUUCAGAAUGCAACGACCUUCUUUCAGCUCGGCGGCGAAGACGUGAACAUGUACGGGGGCGGCAUCUUGGACGGCAAUGGACAGGUCUGGUAUGAUCUGUAUGCAGAAGAUGACCUCAUCCUGCGGCCAGUUCUGAUGGGCAUUAUCGGGCUCAAGGGUGGCACUAUUGGACCGUUGAAACUGCGGUACUCGCCGCAGUAUUACCAUUUCGUGGCCAACUCCUCGGAUGUGCUCUUUGAUGGGAUUGAUAUCUCCGGGUAUAGUAAGAGUGACAAUGAGGCGAAGAACACGGAUGGAUGGGACACCUACCGCUCUACCAAUAUCGUUAUUCAAAACUCUGUCAUCAACAACGGCGAUGACUGCGUUUCCUUCAAGCCAAACAGCACCGAAAUCCUCGUACAGAACCUUCACUGCAAUGGCUCCCACGGUAUCUCUGUCGGCUCUCUUGGCCAAUACAAGGGUGAAGUAGACAUUGUUGAGAACGUCUAUGUGUACAAUAUCUCCAUGUUCAACGCUUCGGACAUGGCCCGCAUCAAGGUCUGGCCAGGUACUCCCUCCGCGUUGUCAGCCGAUCUUCAAGGUGGUGGCGGUUCAGGCAGCGUAAAGAACAUCACUUAUGACACGGCAUACGUCGAUAAUGUGGACUAUGCUAUCGAGGUCACGCAGUGCUAUGGACAGAGCAAUCUCACCUUGUGCAAUGAGUACCCGAGCAACCUCACCAUCUCGGACAUUCUCUUCAAGAACUUUCGUGGAACAACAUCAAAGAAAUACGAACCAUAUGUUGGAACAAUUGUCUGUUCGAGUCCAGAUACCUGCUCGGACAUCAACACAUCCAAUAUCAACGUGACCAGCCCAAUUGGAACAAAUGAGUUUGGUUGCGACAAUGUUGAUGAGAGUCUGCUGGUGAGCGUUAACUGUACCGCAACUUGAAUUGAUGACUAGUAUGCAUUGAUAGAGGUUGGAUAUAGCUUAGAUGAAAAUUAAAUGUGUAUAUAUCACUUCGCUAAGUUAGAUUAUCUAUAGACGGGCAUGGAAUGGUCAUAUGUUUUGAAUUCACGAGGGUCAGGUGAUCAAGCUCGUCCCUGCGGUGUGUAGAUAAACUUCAAGGUUCUUUCUCUCGCUCCCCGUAAGAUCCAUCAUCAACCAUUCCAAACUUUAUCAUCAUUGCUUUUGGCAUCUCCAAAAUACACAUGGGCUAGCAGUUAUCCACCAUUCUAAGAUAUCCACAUCCUAUCCACGUCACUCAACACACCGCGAUGGGAACUUAGUGUCAGGGUGUAUUUCCGUCUGAGGCAUUGCGACCCCGAGGUUAUUGCAGAUCGACAUACGUCAAUGGGGAAGUAACUUCCGGGAUGC